CACCCCAGGAGCUCUCCAUUCUGCCUGGCUACCCUGUGCCCCACUGAGGCCAUACCAUGCAGCCCCGGUCUGUCCUGCACAGUGGCUACUUCCACCCACUGCUUCGGACCUGGCAGGUAGCCACCACCACCCUCAACGCCUCCAACCUCAUCUAUCCCAUCUUUGUCACGGACGUUCCUGAUGAUGUACAGCCUAUCGCGAGCCUCCCAGGAGUGGCCAGGUAUGGUGUGAACAGGCUAGAAGAGAUGCUGAAGCCCCUGGUGGAAGAGGGCCUGCGCUGCGUCCUGAUCUUUGGCGUCCCCAGCAGAGUUCCCAAGGAUGAGCGGGGCUCUGCAGCCGACUCUGAGGACUCCCCAGCUAUCGAGGCGAUCCGCCUGUUGCGGAAGACCUUCCCCAGCCUCCUGGUGGCCUGUGACGUCUGCCUGUGCCCCUACACUUCCCAUGGUCACUGUGGGCUCCUGAGUGAGAAUGGGGUAUUCCGGGCCGAGGAGAGCCGCCAGCGACUGGCAGAGGUGGCACUGGCCUAUGCUAAGGCAGGAUGUCAGGUGAUAGCCCCGUCGGACAUGAUGGAUGGACGCGUGGAAGCCAUCAAGGAGGCCCUGAUGGCACAUGGACUUGGCAACAGGGUGUCGGUGAUGAGCUAUAGUGCCAAGUUUGCUUCCUGUUUCUAUGGACCUUUCCGAGAUGCAGCUCAGUCAAGCCCAGCUUUUGGAGACCGCCGCUGCUACCAGCUGCCCCCCGGAGCACGAGGCCUGGCCCUUCGAGCGGUGGACCGGGAUGUACGGGAAGGAGCCGACAUGCUCAUGGUGAAGCCAGGGAUGCCCUACCUGGACAUGGUGCGGGAGGUGAAGGACAAGCACCCUGAGCUCCCUCUCGCUGUGUACCAUGUUUCUGGAGAGUUUGCCAUGCUGUGGCACGGAGCCCAGGCUGGGGCAUUUGAUCUCAAGGCUGCCGUACUGGAGGCCAUGACCGCUUUCCGCAGAGCAGGUGCUGACAUCAUCAUCACCUACUACACGCCUCAGCUAUUGCGGUGGCUGAAGGAGGAGUGAGGGACAGAGUGUGCAAGACCCAAGAACUACAAUUCAGCAGAAUUCCUGGGGCCUUGGAGAAAUGAAAACCAAAGUAAAUGCUGCUUUUAGAACUGUGCCCUUGUGCCCUCUUCCUGCUCACAUGCUGGUGGUUUCUGUGAGCAUGCUACAUCUUUCCCCUUCAACCACAUCCUCACGACUCUCCAGAGGUUCCCUACCCCUCCCCUGGGUCAGCCCCCAGGCUCACUUCUGCCACCUCCAGCCCCUGUCUCUCGUGUGCCUUCAGCUUGAAAGCAGCCAGGAGGUAUGGCUGCAGGCUUGCGGGCCUGCAAGGAGAGGGGCUUGGAGCAUUAGGGAAGAGGAGAACAGUUGGAUCCUAAGAAGCCCUGGAAACCCCAGGGCCUCUGGCAGCAGAGCUGGGCACUGGACUGAGACCUGGAUUGAUAUCACUGGGUAUACAGUUGAGAUUUGCUGCAAUUCCACUGGAAGGCAUUUCCCACACAGGCUGCUUGCAAUGUCCCGUUCUACUCUGAGCCAUAAACCCAGAGAGGAAUUACUCAUUAAUGAGCAGAAACGUUGCCGGAGAAUCAAAAUUCAGAAGCAAAGAGAAAUUCCCUGACUGUUGGAGAUGCUACCACCAAAAAAAGGCUUUUUAUUCAAGAGAGAUUUGUUGAGAACCUGGGCUGGGCACUGGGGAUACAGCAAGACUGACCUCAGCUUGUCAGUCUUUAUGAAAUUUAUACAAGGAGAGUGGGGAGACAGACAACAGUAAGAAAACAGACAAAUAAAGCAGUUACAAACCAUAAUAAGUGCUUCAAAGGAAACAGACUGAGAUAGAGAAUAACAGGGGAGGGUCUUCUCUUGAGAGGGUGGUCAGAGCCCCCCUGAGGUUGAGACCUGUGAGGGACAAAGGAAGAUCCCUGCAGAGAAU